AUGUAUUCCAACCAGGGUUCGUACCUGGGCGCCAACAACCAGAACCAGCAGCAGUAUGGCAACAGCCCCUUUAGCGGCGGGCUGAGCCCCGGUCAGCAGCCCCAGCUUGCUCCUCAACCCACGGGCUUCGCUGGCCAGCUCAGUCCGUUUGCUCCUCAGCCGACGGGCUUUGCUGGUCAGCAACCCCAGCAGCCUCAGCAGCCUAUGCAGCAGCAGCAGCAGCAGCAGCAGCAACAGCCUCUGCAGCAGCAGUACACGGGAUUCCCUAUGCAGGCGCAGCCGACGGGAUUCCCGGCUCAACAGCAGCAGCAGCCUCGCCCCCUCCAGCAGCAGUUCACAGGGUUUCCUGGCCAGGCCCAGCCUCAGCUGGGGUUCCAGACGUCUACACCUCCCGUUCCGUCUAUCCCCCAGCAGUACCAGCAGGCGACUACGACGACGUUCCAGAGCCCCGCUGCUGGCAACAACCUGCGGCCGUCCACAAGUUCCGCUGCUGCUCCCUCUCCUUUGAAGCCUCAGCCGACCGGAUUCAACGAGAUGGCUGCCUCGUUCCAGACGUCGGCCAAGCCCGCUGCCCCUGCCGAGAAGAAGACGGCCAACAUCAUCCCCAACGUGCGCCUGUCCUUCAUCACGGCCCAGGACCAGUCCAAGUUUGAGGCUCUCUUCAAGUCAGCUAAUGGCGACUCGGCUACCAUGUCUGGUGAGAAGGCGAGGGACCUGCUUCUUCGAUCUCGUCUGGACGGAGACUCGCUGUCACAUAUCUGGACCUUGGCCGAUACCACGAGGGCUGGCCAGCUUUACUUUCCUGAGUUCGCCCUUGCCAUGUACCUGUGCAACCUGAAGCUUACGGGCAAGACGCUCCCCCCUACGCUCCCCCAGAACAUCCGCAACGAGGUCUCGAGCAUUGUGGACAUAAUCAGCUUCAGCGUCGCCGAGGAGGGUCCUUCGUCCAGCGCGACACCUGCCCCCCCGGCCCAGCCCCAGGCUUCUAACUCCCAGCUGCUCACGGCUCAGAUGACCGGCUUCCCCGGCCAGCAGCAGAGCAUGCAGCCCCAGCCUACUGGCUUCGGCGGCCAGGGUCUCCAGCCCCAGCAGACCGGUUUCCCCGGACAGCCCACCGGUCUGCAGCCUCAACAGACUGGUUUCCCCGGUAUGCAGAACCCCCAGCCCGCCGGAUACUCGGGCCCCCUUCCCCCUCUGCCCCCUAUGCCUACUGGCUUUACUGGUCAGCCCGCGGGUGCUGGCGGCAUGGUGGCUCCCCUCAACGCCCAGCCUACAGGCCGACCUGGCCAGUGGGGUCUGGUCAAUGCCCCUGCCACCGGACUUCCCAAUAUUGAUGCCCUGCAGGCGCAGAUGAUGCCCCAGCAGGGCCGCGAGGCCGGUGCCUUCUCCGCCCGGGGCCUCCAGGGAAAUGCUGUCAUUCCAUGGGCCAUCACCAAGGAGGAGAAGACUCGCUAUGACUCCCUCUUCCGUGCCUGGGAUGGAUUUGGCAAGGGCUCCAUUGGCGGUACUCAGGCUAUUGAGAUCUUCGGCCAGAGCGGUCUCGAAAAACCCGACCUCGAGCGCGUCUGGACCCUGGCCGACAGCGGAAACAAGGGCCGUCUGGACCUCGACGAGUUUGCUGUUGCCAUGCACUUGAUCUACAGAAAGCUCAAUGGCUACCCCAUUCCCAACUCGCUGCCCCCCGAGUUGGUGCCUCCCUCUGCUCGCAACUUUAACCAGUCGAUCGGCACUGUCAAGUCUAUGCUCCACCGCGAGUCCGAUGACCGCAAGAACUCGGGUGCCGCUCUCCUGCCCCAGAAGACGGGUGUAAGCUACAUGAAGAACCGCUCGUUCCGUGGCGGUGCCUCCAGCAAUCCCCUGGGCCGCAAGGAUGCUACGGUCUUCAGGAACGAGGAUGAGGACUUUGGAUACAAGUCGAGUGCUCGCCGCAGGAUGGGCCACAACUCUCCCCGCUCGGGAUCACCCGCCCCCAGCGACUCUAACGAGGACCUUACUUUGGAUCAGCUCCGAAAGAAGAUCAAGGAGAAGGAGGUUCUCCUGGAGGCCAUGGAUUUCAAGGAUGAGAAGAACGCCGAAGAGGACGACAUUCUUGAUCGCCGCGACCGCAUGGAGGCUGAGGAGCUCUACCGCAGGAUCCGCCACAUCCAGCAUGACAUUGACCGCAACCCUAAGGCCGCUUUGUCUGGUGGAGAUUCGGAGGCUGAGAGGCGUACAUUGAAGCGCCAGCUGCAGAACCUCACUGACAGGAUUCCCGAACUCGCCUCGCAGGUCCGCAAGACUGAGAAGGCCAUCCAGGAGGCCAAGCUCGAGCUGUUCCGCAUCCGUGACGCCAAAGAGCACCCCGGCAGUGCUAGCACCAUUGUCGGCACUGGACCGGGUGGUACUGUAACCGAAUCGGACCGCCUCAAGGCCAGGGCAAAGGCUAUGAUGCAACAGCGUGCCGCCGCUCUGACGGGCAAGAAGGUCGACACCAACUUCGAGGGUGAUGAUGCGUCCGCCAAGCGUCUCGAGGAGGAAACGAUCCGUACCAAGAACGAGCGCGAGGGCAACGAGCGCAUGGUCAAGGAUGUUGAGGAGAGCGUCCGCGACUUCUCUCGCAGCAUCGAGGACAGCCUCAAGCAGGGUACCAAGGACGAGUCCAGCCAGCAUGAGAAGCGCCGCUGGGAGGAUGCUUUGGGCGUCGAGGACGAGGUGCGAGACUUCAUCUUUGACCUCCAGCGCGAAAGCCGUGCUGCCCGAGUGCGAGCCCAAGACAAGCGAUCCGCUCGCCCUGCCGAGGAACCUCGCAUCUCUGAGCGUGUGGCCAGCCCCCGUAUCGAAAGCCCUGUGUCGACCUCCCGCACUGCCACCCCCCCGGGAGGUGCGGGGGGCUCCUACUCUGCUUACAAGACUCCCGAGGAGCGCGCCGCCUUUAUCAAGCAGCAGGCUGAGCAACGUAUGGCCGAGCGCCUGGCUGCUUUGGGGAUCAAGGCACCUUCCAAGCCGGGAGAAACCGCGGCCCAGAGGGCUGAGCGCGAAAGGAACGAGCGUGCGGCCAAGAUGCGUGCGGCCGAGGAGGAGGAUGCACGUAGGGAAGCCGAACGACAAGCGCGUAUCGCCGAGGAGCAGGGCGUACCCGUGUCUGCCGCCGCCGAGCCCGAGAAACCUCAGGCCCCUGCACUGGCAGCCAAGAAGCCUCCCCCGCCACCUACCAGAAAGGCGGGUGGCCGUAAUGAAACUGCUGAGGAAGAGCAACGUCUUGUUAGGGAGCAGGAAGAGCAGCAACGACAGACGCAGCAAUCGGAGGAAAAUACCAAAGAUGAAGAGGAUGAAUGGGCCGUUGAGCAGAAGGAGUCCGAGUCUCGCCUCAGGGCUCUUGAGGAGCAGGUGAAGCAGAGCAAGCUCAGGAAGGAGGAAGAGAAGAGGCGCAAGAAGGCCGCUGCUGCCGACGCCAAGGACAAGGAGGACAGGCUGGCCGCCAGGCGCGCUGAGAUCGAAGCCGCCAAGAAGCGUGAGCUUGAGCUCCAGCGCCAGCUCGAGUCCAUGAACGACGACGACGACAGCUCGUCCGAUGAUGAGGGACCUGUGCAGAUAACGCCCCAGGCGUCGACCCCCACCAUGGGAGACAGCCAGACUGGAAGCCAGGAGCUCGAGCACAAGGCCCCGUCGCCGCCUGCCGUGGUCAUGUCUCCCCCUGCUGACGAGCCAGAGAGCAAGAACCCUUACUUCAAGAUGAUGUCCCAGCCAUCCGAGGCCUCCUCCCCGGCGGCGGCGACCAUACCCAGCACGGCGGCUCCCGCCGUGCCGGCUCCUCCCCCUCCGGGUGUUCCAACGUCGACCCUACCGGUCGCCACGGAGGCGUCUACCAACCCUUUCUACCGCAUGAAGCAGGAGACGCAGGCUGCGCCCCCUGUCCCGGCCCCUCAGUCCCGUGGGCCCGUCUCGCGCAAGCGUGCUGAUUCGGAUGACUGGGGUUCCGACAAGGAUGACGACGACGAGGACUCCGACGACGAUGACCGGCCCGGAGGUGGCAACGCCGCGCAGCUAGCGUCGAUUCUCUUUGGCACCAUGGCGCCACCUCGCCCUCUGUCGGCCGCCGGUAAGGAGUCGUCGCCUUCAAGCCCUGCCCCGGCCAACGACACGCCCAUUGCACCGCCGCCACCGCCGCCUGCACCUGCCCCUGCUCCCGCCUCCGCAGCUGUCGAGGAGGAGGAUGGCGGCGAUUCCGCGCCUACUGCCCCCCCACCUGCGCCGCCGCCGCCGCCUCCCAUCCCCGGAUCGGGUGCGCCCAGCGCUCCUCCCCCUCCACCUCCCCCGCCUCCUGGUGCUGGAGCCCCCCCUCCUCCUCCGCCUGGUGACGCUCCCUCGGCGCCUCCUGCUGGCGGACGUCCGGCUGGUCUCCUGGGCCAGAUCCAAGCGGGUAAGACGCUCAAGAAGACGGUCACCAAGGAUAGGAGCGCUGCCGCUACGGCGGGCCAGGUUCUUGAUUAA